CUGUUAUUGCCAGGCCCGUUUUCUACAAAUACAUGGGAAGGCACUAAUCGUGUCAGCAGCUUGGCUUUCUGGAACUCUCAGCCUCAGCUGCUGUGCUGUUAACUAAGUGUAACCCAGCUGGCCAGCCAGCUUGCUGAGCUCCUGCAAGCUGAACUGCAGAUUGUACCCUCAACCUUUUACUGGCUGGCUUAAUACAACAUUGCAGGGGAGAUGGACUGUAAUGCAAUUAUCUUACAAGAAAAACUGAAGACCUAAACAUGUCUGCCUCUGCAGGGCAGUGAAAUGGAAAAUAAAGUGUCAGAUGUAUUACAUCAUGAUUGUACUUUAAAUUGCUGUUGUCAGCAAAAUAGUGAUUCCAGCCAGAUACUCAUUGCCAUGCAACAGAACACUGCUGGAGUUCUAAGUAGAAAGAAUUUUCACAUAUAGUGUAAUGGCUUCCCUCUCUUUUAUUCUAAACUUGUAUCAGUUAAUUUACUGGAAAUUUCUUGAUACUGAACAGUGUGAUGUGCCCAGAAAGCAUGCCUUCAAAAAGCUUCCUGGAAUAAAUGAGCUGACCUCUGCAGUGGGUGCUUUGGAUAGCAUAAACUAAAACUAUGAUACCUCAGAGGUAAGUUUAAAAACUUCUGUGAGACAGUAUCAAUUAAAAAUGAACAUGUCCAUUUUAAUACUGAUUCAACUACAUACUUUUUUUCUACACUGUGUACAAAUCAAUAUGCAAGUUUUAUUUCUAGCUUAAACUCUCUUAUUUGUUUAUGCAGUGAUGAAAACCCUGGCUCCCUUUCACUGGUAUCUGAAUUUAUGACCAUGACUAUUUAUGAGCUGAUAAAAGGUAUGUAGCAUAUGCUUAAGAAACAUAAACUCUCCUUGUGUAGAUCACAAAGUGAAGUUAAUUGUUUUUCACUUGGUUGUUCACUGUGACAGAUUAUAGAACUCAUAGACAAUCUUGUGCUGUACUCCUUUACCCUUUAUUUUUUGCAAGGGAUUAUACCCAAUUGUUUAAGCCAUGGCUACAUGCAGUCCAUAGUCAUCUAUUCUACAGUCAAACAACCUUGACUGAAAAACACAAAAUAAUUGCUUUCUGUUACAAAACAAUAAAAUUUAAACAGAAUCUUUGUUAGGUCAAGGCUACUGUGAGGUAUUAAGAAAAUUAUUCCCAUUUGUUUCAAAACUAUUGAAUCAACGAAUAAAGAAUUACAGUUUUUAUACCUUGUAAAAAAGCCUUUCAGUAAGUUUUCUUUAUAAAAUAACAUUGUUCCCUCAUACCUUCUAUAUUUAAAAAUUCUGGAGCUGUUUGUCAAAGCAGGUCAGAGACCAUAAAGCUUAAGGAAGAGUUCCUCCAAAAAAAUUAGAACAAAAGCUGAUUUAAAACCAGUUCUUACAUCAACAGUAAAGGAAUUGGAUACAGCAAAUGAAAGGGCUUACAAUUCAUUAGUAAAAAAGGAUUUUUUGAAAUGAAUAAUUAAGAAUUUGUAAUGUCUUAACAAUUGGGAGUUCAAUUUAAAUAACUGAACAUGCAAGUGUCAUUCAGUGUAAUACAAUAAAGACUCCUGAACAUGACAUUGGUGACACUGACUAUUCAGAUCUCUAACAAAAGGAGUAACUCUGUUUCUGACCUAGAUAAGAAUGUGAGAUUAAAAUUGAGUUAUUUGCUGAUUGCUGAAGAAGAUAUUUGUGUGUACUAGUUUUAAUAAGACAUUUUGCGUUUGCUAUAUUUAGCAUGGCAUUCAGAUGGAAAUGAAAAUCAUAAUUUCAGUAUGUUCUGAUUUUUUUUUUACUAUUUAAAAAUAGUAAAAGUUCUUUCAAAGUUUUCCAGAAGAUGAUUAUUGUUUUCACACCACUUAGUUGUAGUAACCUCCUUUUCUAUAACAUGGUGAAUCAGUUCAAAAUGAAAUCUGUGUUCAAUAGUAAUCUGAAAUGCUGCAGUUAGGGAUUAUCUGAACAUUCAUCUGGGUUUACCAGAACUUCUAUAAAUUGCUGAUUCUUCUUUAUGGUCUGAAUUUUGAGUGUGGACUGUGUUUACAAUGAUACAGUGCCUUAUUUUUAAUGUUGUAUAAGGUGGUGACACAUGGGGUGGAGCUUGUCAAAUCAUAGAAUAUAAUAGAAAAGUGAACUGAAGUGGACUGAAAAUGAAUUUUUAAUUUGACAAGAAGUAUGGAGACACUUCUGUAAUUAGGAGGACAGUUCACUGUAAUGCUACUAAUGUGGAAAAGUGGUAGUUUUUUCCUUAAAGAACAAGAGAUCCAUGUUACUUCAAUCAAGCUUGUCUUUACACAAAAUCAUAAUUGUCUUACUGUUAAUUUAUAGCAGAAGCAUUUAAUAACUGAAAAACAGUCUUGCCCUUUAUUUAAUCAACAGCAGUUUGGUAAUUUAAAGCAAUGAAAAAAGUGGCAGAGAGAGAGUUGUGGAGGAUCUCUCAAGAGGAAUGAUAGAAGCCUCAAGUGCCACUGCCUUAGGAUUCACUGCACCAAUAAGGUUUCUCCAGUGAUAAAUCUGGAAGUAGAAGAGCAUCUGCUCCAGAUUUUUCUAGUGACAUGUAAUGAAAAAGCAAUUGAGCAUGACUUCUUUUUACGAAGACCCAAUUCCUUAAAUACAAAUCAUAAUCUAAAUUGAUUUGAAUAGCUGCAUUUUAUAAUAUCUUUUCCACUAUAAAUGACAAAAGUCCUGAUGUUGAAAGCACCAUUUAUCUCUAUGGGGGCACUACUACAAUUCCCGAUGUAAAUGGUGCUCUGUUCCAAGUGCUUUGUGAUCUAAUCCUGCUCAGGGGAUUAUGUGGCUGCCUGGAGGAGCACUGUAAUCAGUUGGGAACACAAGUCCUGCUGGCUCUGGGGCUCUGGCCUCAAUGAGUUACUGUCCUGACAAUCUCCCUCCUCCUCCCAGCCAAUUACUCAUACUGCUGUCAUCACGCAGAUCAGUACCUGCUUUGUUUUUCAAAAAUGUGAUCAUUUCUGCCUCCGUUGAUGGCCUUGCAGCAUUACAUAAAGGCAUUACAGCAAGAUUAAAAGGCCUUUGGAGCCUAUAAAAGAAAAAAGCUGAGCAGUUACUGAAUGGCUCUGAAAAAUAGAUAAAUUUUAUAACUGUAAUUAUUGCCUAACAGCAACAGCAAGCUAAACAACAUAGGUUGGCCUUGAAUUUGCAAUUCAGAUGUGUAUCACAGUCUUUUAACCAUUGUGGUAACUGGAGGUGAUUGAUACAAAUCUUCAAACUAAAGGACAAUUAAUUUGUGUAGAGAGGAAAUGAGAUAUUUAUAAGUGAAAUACUGCAGUUCUGCUAGAACUUGGGGAAAUAGAAAUACUGAAAUAGAAAUACUGCAAGUAAUACAUGCAGUAAAAACUAAGGCAUCGUACAGAGUAUUGAAUUGACAAUUAUUACUUGAGCUAUUCUGGUGCAUAUUGAAAUAUAAAUUAUGUCAGAAGUUGAGUGGAAAAUGAAUUACAAAGCUAGCUAUAAAUGACAGAAGUAGUAUAAUUGAAAAAGUCGAUAUCCAUGCACCUCUGGAAGCUGAAGACUACAAUAUUUGUAUUCUAUUUGUUCUUCACUAAAAAGGACUCACACAACUUGAAGUUCUAUUCUAGGAAGGAGAAAGCCAUUGCCUGAAAAAAAAACAAUCAGGAACAACAUGUACCAGAUAUGCAAAUCUGUAGAUUGUGUACAUAGGUAAAAGACCUGGUUCAAAAACAGCCUUACAGCAAAUGUAGCAUACAUUUAUUUCAGGGUCUUCUCUAGGCAGAAACAGAAUUGUCUGGGGCAGCUUCUGACUGCUGCAGGGAGAGAAAAGGCCAUGGCCCAGAUAAAUCUUUGCCUGCAGCAGAGCCCUGGGAGGCAGCAGGCAGCCAAAGCUGCUGCCAGCACCCCGAAGGAGUUCUAUCCCUGCUGCAGGAAGCCCUCCUGGGAGGGGAUGACCCUUGCAAUCCUCUGGUAGCCCUGGUGAGAGCAGAAGCAGAAAGCCUGGCCUCUCCUUGGACUUGCCCAUUCCCCAUUCCCAUAUCUGCAGCUGUUGUCUCACCAUGAUGGCAAAAUUUAAUUUUUUACUGUUAUGUUGAUAAGUUUGAAAAAAGUGCUGGUUUCUUUAAGUUGUUUUUUAUUUAAACAAAUAACUGGAAGCACUGAUAAUGUUUAUCUUUUUACUGAAUUCUUCUCUCUGCUGCGUUUGUAUUAGUAAAGAAAUGGGAUAUUUCAGAGCAACAAGAAAACAUAAUAAUAAAGGUAAUUAAUUUUAUGUGAGGAUAUUUAACUAAAAGUGAAGUGUAUAAGUAUUUUUCUCUUUACCCUGAGAAGGUAAUAUUUAUUCAUGAAUAAAAGGACAGUUUUUUAAGAGAUAUGUAGACAGUUACUCUAUUCCUAGUCUUGUGGAAUGAACAAUCAAUUUUGUUACUGGCUAAAACCUGAAAUGACUGAGAUGCAUUACACCCUGUAUGUGUUCCCUCCAAGCUAAAAACCUGUUCUUUAUCCUCUAUUAAUACGUAUUUUUCGUUUCUUUGUUAAUCUAGGCACAGGAAAUAGGGUUCCAUUUUGCAGCUCUUUCUUUCUAUAUUCAAUGCCUACAUUUAGUGGAAGUUACACGAACAAAAGAGAGCAGAAGAUGGUGGCAUUCAGAAGAUCUAAUUGUAAUCAUCUCUCUUGACAGUUUCAUAAAAUUAUUUUGCUAAUGUUUGAAAAGCAAGCAUUUCUAAAUUCAGUUUAUGAAAUUUUAUUUCCUAAAGAUAAAUUUUUGAGUCAUUGAAGUGUACAGGAGAAGCCAAAGCCACCUGUUUUAUCACUGCUAAAGAGAAGAACGCUAAUAUUAAUUAGAAGUCCUAUUUAUCAGCCUUUCCUUCUGAGAUAGUCCCUAUGCUCUUAGAUCUUCCUUUUUGAUGUACAGAACAGUAUUUGCAUUACAUACUAUGGACACAGAUAUCUUCAAGCCUGGACCUACUUAGUAUUUUAAUGCAGCUUUACUGCUGUGAUUCUACCCCUGGAUUUUGCAAAGUUUCUUCUUAAAGUAAUCUGUGAUUUCUUCUACAAUUACUAUUUUACAGUCAUUGCUUGAAUAUUUUAAUGUUUGCAAUUUGUGGAAAUGCUUUAUUUUUGCAGCAGAACACCCUGAAGUUAAGAGAUUUUGGACCUUGUAGGAGUAUGUAUUCUCAGCAGGCACACAGUACCUCCCCGUGCUGGUACUGAGCACCUGAAUGUUUGCUAACAAAUGGGCUCUAUAGUUACAAAAUUGGCACGUGGAGUCCUGGCUGUGUUUUCUAUGAAAUCACAAGUUUCCAGCCUCUUUUUCUUGGAUAUAAUGAGCUGGACCACAUCUCAAAAAUCCAUGAAGUGAUAGGCACUCCUGGUAACAAAACUCCAAAAUUUCAAGCAGUAAGUAUGCACUCCCAUAGUUUUUUGAAUCCUCCCUUUAAAGAAAGGAAAAGGAAAGUCUUCUCUUGUGCACAAAUUAAAGGUUUCUAUCUGUGUGCGAUGAUAAAAUAUGACCCCAGUGAGAGAACUGCUGCCCAUCAAACCUUACAGCACCUUUAUUUUCAAGAACUCUGGCAAGUGACUUCAAAUCACUUCAAUUCCUUAAGAUGUUGUCAGAAAGAAAUCAGAUCUUGUUUGUUUAUUUUAAAAGCAUUCUCUCAGGAAAGUCUAGGAAAAAAAAAAACAAAUCAACAGCAUGGGUCUCUGCUGCAAGAAUUACCAAAAUUACAUUUUUCUGGAGUAGCCAAAUUGAUUUGCUUUCCUACUCCUACAUUGCAUUCAGUUUUCUGGAAACCUAAGGAAGGUGGUGGAACCCCUGUGUUCCAGAUAUACUGCAUCAAAUAUUGAGGUGUAGACUCUCACUUGCCCACUGAAGCACAUUUGAAACUUCUGUUGUGUCUUCAACAGUCUGAGAAACAGAAGGCACUUCAGUCGUCCCUGAAACAUUUCCAUUUGCCUGCUAUACAAGGAAUAGGAGUGAGGAAAAGCCUGGCUAUGCAGUGAGAGAGACCCAGUCAUGCUUCUGUUGCUGGAGAUCUAACAAGAACAGUAGUGCCUGAUUUUGUCUUGCUCUGACAAUUUGCAGGAAAACUCCACAAGGUUUGAGGGCUGGUUUCCUACCAUUUUGAUAUUAUGUUCCUGAAGGGGGUCAAUAUUUAAUUAAAGCAUUGUUCUGGCAGAGCACAGAGAGUGUUCUGCAUUGAACUUCCUAAGUACUUGUUCCUUUUAGAACCUGGUGGAGGAGGAGGUUGGUUAAAAAUAACAUGAAAGGAUUCUUUGAGCUCAAGUAUUAGGAAUGGAAUGUUAUCUACAGAAUUUAAGUUUUCAAACUGUAUUACAAAUGACAGCUAACUGCUGUAUUUUUUUUUUUUUAGAUUUAAGGGUUUGGGUUUUUUUCAGUUAGCUCUGGAAAUUAUUCACCUCCUAUUCAGUAACUUCCACCUCAGGUUUUACUGAGAAUGUGCAAAUUGUUCAAUCAUAAGAGAUACUUGAUUUUAAUGCAGUUUCCCUAACUGCUGACUAUUUUUAUGUAACCAUAAUCUAAUUCAAAGCUAAACCAACUUUUUAGCUGAUUGAAAAGUAAGUAAGACUUAGUCAUAGUUUGCUUCAAGCCAUGGAUCUUAAAAUUAAUCAAAAGUCUUAACAGGGCCUGAUAUUGCAGCCAGUUGCUUAAAAGAGCAGUAAAAGCACAUAACUGGUCAUGCUUCAGAAAUCUGGCACACAGAUCACCAGCAACAAUUUAACAGAAUAUUUCCUAUUAUUAAAUAAAGAGUUAAAAGGCAACAUCCUUAUCUUACUAGGAAAGAAUCUUUAUUUCAAACUGAUACAAUUGAUUUUAAAAUUCCUGACAUCGAAAAGCUUGCAUUAAAUAAUUUAUAAUACUUACAUUUGGUGAUGUGUUAGAGAACAUUUGGUUAUUUAGAAAACGAAAGUCUGUUCAAGUCAUACUUGGCUGGGGGUUAAAAAUCUUCUGCCUACCAAGUGUGUAUGCAAGACAGGUUUGGCAAAUAACUUUUUUGGAGGUUUUAAUUAGUUUAAAUAGUAACAAAAGUUACUUGCUUAUACACUUCAUGGGAAGUGAUCAUUUUUUGCCACAACUAAACAUUGAGCUCUGGUGCUGCUGUUCAAAAGCCCAGCCAUGAGCAGGAGGCAAAGGGCAUUUAGUGUGAGAGGUAUUGCUGCAGGGAGACACCAUGGAAAAUGAGGCACUGGGGAGGAGUACAUCACAUCCAAGUCACUUAGCCAGCCCUUAGGCAUCAAUUUGACAUUUAUGAUCUAGAUCCAGAGUAACUAUUUAUUCUAACCAAUUAAGAUACACAAUGCAGUAAAAUACAGGUUAACAUAAAGAUCCUGUAAGAGUAAAAAUGAAGCCUGUUAUGUUCACAGCUCUCCUUCUGAGACUCCACAGGGCUGUGUAUUUAUGAAAACAAUUAUUCUUCUCACUCAUUUGAGCUCUUCCAGUAAGCAGGCUUUUUGCUGUGGUUUGUUAAUUGGUCAAUUGUUUUUGUAAGAUGAGGCAUCUCAACACUUGUAGGGCUCUGUUGUGACUGGAUUAGAGCCUAAUCCUUGUUCAGGUCAACUUUGGACAACUUUGAGCAUGCCCAAAUUCCACACUGUAGCUUUUCUGUGUGGAGAAGCUCAUGAGACUCAAGUUCUUUAUGAAUCUUUUUGACAUCUACUGCUUAAAAGCCCUUGUCUAACUUACAUUUGUCUUCAUGUUUAGAAGAUGCUAUUAUUAUCACAUACUAUACUGAGGAUCAAUGUGACAUUUGUAAGGAGAUUCUUGAAAAUGUGAAAAAGUCACAGGGUAAAUGUGGUGCAGACUGUGGGAGUAUUUGAUAUUGAUUCAAAUUUGACUAUCCAAGUUAAAUAUGCACCUGCAUCAUGUACCAUUGCUCACUUUAUGUCAUUUCUUCAUAGCGAACUUUCAGAAUCUCAAUAGCAAGAAUGGAAACACAUCCCAGCCUUGGCAAGAAUUUGUAUAGCAUAAGACUAAAGCACUUGAACAAGGCUCUGCGGGGAAACCUCUACCGCUUCUACUUGCACGAGGCGUGCCAAAGGAAGAGCAGAUUUCUCUUUACUAGAACUGAACAAAUAUGUGAGCAGAGUUUUAGUGGAGACGUGCUUUACACCAGUAGAGUGAGAACACGGUAACAAAGGGAAACAGCAGAACACAACAGUACAGCUAACUGCUCCUUUUCAUUUUACUGAAACUCCUACUGCAUGGAUGCUGCUUUCCUCCAGCUCCAAGCAAAAAGUGUUCUCCUGAACACAGUAUCUCAAAGUGCAGUGAAGAUACGUAACCACAGUGACUGGCUGAGGUUUCCUGCUCUGUUUCACUGAAUCAUCUCCCCACAUCUGUAUGCUUUCAUGUUAGCAGCUCAUACUGAUAGAACAGAGAAAUUCAACAAUAAGGCAGUACAGUAUUUGUCUGAAGACUUACCAUAGGGAUUCUUUACAGAUAUAUAUGUGAAAGGUAUGAUGCUGCACUUAGAAAAUGAAAUUAAGGACUUCAGGUCUAUAGGCAGGCAACACAAUGCAACAGUAACUUCCAAGUUCUUACCUUUGGAACACUGAGCAACAGGUGCCAUGAGCUUAUCCAGUGUUUUUUCCAGAGAGGAAGACGGUGAGUUGCUUAGUCUGAUAUAUUUGGAGUUCAGCAUAAUGAGUGGCAUUCAAGUUGAUGGUUUAAAAAUAGGUAACUAACUGGAUCCAAGGGAUAUUAUGCUCCACUGUUGUUAAUUUCUUAUAUAAAAAAGAGGACAAGUCCUACUACCCACAUUUGAUGGAUUGUUCUGACUCAGAUCUCCCUUACCUAGCACUAUACAGGAGGUCAAAGCUCAGAUUAUCAAAACUAUAUUCCUGAUGGAGAUAUAUUUAUUUUGUUUGUUGCUUCUUAUAAUCAGUUUUUGGCAGCCUCAAAUCACAGAUGCUGAAGUUUAAGUAUUUUAACUAAAAAACAUAAAAUUCCAUCAAACUGUGCUUGCACAUGGUACUUUUCUGAUUCCAAAGAUGCUAUUGCCACUGUUUGCUUCCCUAAUUAAUAUAUCAGGUAGGUGAUUAUUCAUACACCAGGAAAAAGAUGAAGUCAGAAUUUUUGUAAGUUUUAACCUGGAAAGAAAGGGCUACCAGGGUAACAUCUUGUGUAUUAUCACAUUCUGUGUAUCUGGGGCUGUCAGACUGUUAUAAUGAGAAUAGCAAUUUCAUGUUUCAUUUUUGCUGUAAAAUUGAAAACCUGAACCAAAGAGCCACAUUGGAAUUUUUCUUCAUUUUUUUUACCCUUUCAGGUGGAUCUUACUCAGUUUGGCACAUGCAGUACUUCAAGGAUAUUGAUUUCCUAACAAGUUCUUUGCUGUUAAACCUCUGGAGACAACUUACACUUCUCUGGCUGUUGGAUGAAUAGGCAAACUUGUGUUUCCUAUCUGCUUUAUAGUUAAAAUACACCCAAACUUUAAACUACAAACUGGCAAGCAUGGUUCCCACCCUCAUUCUUCCAGCUAAAAUUCCAUACUGAGAUUAUCUGUGUUCCACUCACUUUUAAUUAUUUUUUUUUAUGUAGUAGGAAAAAUAUUUUAUUAAAAGUUGUAUCUACAGUAGAGUUCUUAAGUUCCUUCCAGGUAAGUUAUUAGUAUCCUGUUUCUUACUAAAGUAAUUUUUUUCCAUAUAGAACAGAGUGUGAUAUGGGCAAUUUAAGCUUCUAGAUGAUUGCCCUAAUAGUAAAGAAGAGGCUGAAAAAAGAAAACCCACACACAUUCCUUGUGUGCUGCUGGACUACAAUUUGUGGCAGGGACAUACCCUGCCAACAUGGAUGUGAGUAGCUGCUGUUGUUCCCCUGAUGUUGGAUAUUGCAAUUCUUCCCCUACUGGUUUUGUAUUUUUCCAGCUGAAGGAAAAAAGUCUUUUAAAGUUACUACAUAUUUUUUCAGCUAUUUUAUUUUGACUCAGACCCUAUGAAGCACUUAUAUAGAAGUCGUCUACGGGGAGAUAACUACGUAAGUUUUCAGUGAUGAGGUUUAUCUGUAUUUUAACAGUUAAACCCACUAUGUUAAUAAAACAAAACUUCUGAAAAAUAA